AUGGCAGCGACCGCCACAGCAUUAGUUAUGAGAGAGGUCAAUGGCCCUCUCAGUAUGGAGAGUGUCCAGCUCGGUGAACUAAGAGCCGAUGAAGUGCUUGUCGACAUCUAUGCAACAGGGAUAUGCCACACGGAUAUAUCCUGCAUGAACGGACAACUUCCUGCCACUGCUCCAUGCGUAUUCGGGCACGAAGGAGCCGGUACCAUCGUGAAAACCGGAGCGAGUGUCACACAUCUCCACGCAAACGACAAAGUGUUAUUAAGCUACGCAUCUUGCGGGACCUGUGAUCAAUGCGUUAGCGGUCAUCCGGCUUACUGCUAUCAAUUUGUGCCGAGCAAUUUUGGCCAGCAAAGACCCGAUGGAAGCUUCACCUUAUCUUUUGAGAACGGAGAUCCCCUGCGAGGGAACUUCUUUGGACAAAGUUCAUUUGCCAGCUUAGCCGUUGUCCAUGUCUCAUGUGUCGUAAAGGUGGCACCCGAGUUGCCCCUGGAUCGAUUUGCACCAUUGGGUUGUGGAUUCCAAACCGGGGCUGGGGCUGUGAUAAACACACUUGAUGUGCAACCCGGAUCCAGCUUGGCGGUAUUUGGAGCUGGAUCGGUCGGCAUGAGUGCUAUUAUGGCCGGGAAAAUGCGCGGAGCGAAAUGUAUUAUUGCAGUGGACUUGAAUCAGGAACGUCUCGAGUUGGCGAAGAAGCUGGGAGCAACACAUACGAUCAUCGGGUCUGAUGAGGACAUCAUCCAGCAGAUCCAAACAAUUUAUCCACCGCUUGGGGUGCAGUAUGCAGUUGACUGCACCGGUGUUCCAGCGGUUGUCGAGAAGGCAAUCCAGGCACUUGGGGCAAGAGGAAAACUGGCCACUGUCGGUGCUCCAACCCCCGGGAAGACAGCCAAGGUGGAUAUAUUCGCACAGUUGGUCUUUGGUCGUCAAUAUGUAGGGUGUUGCGAGGGAGAUGGGCAGGCUGAGAAGUUCCUGCCCUACCUCAUUGAACAGCACUCCCUGGGGAACUAUCCAAUCGAGGAACUCAUUACGACCUAUCCGAUUGAUCAGUAUAACCAAGCAAUCACCGACAUGAAGAGUGGGAAGACGUUAAAGGCCGUGCUGUUAUGGAAGUAGACUACCUCCAUAGCACAAUGUUGCCUCGAAGAUUUCUACCUGAUGAUAGACAUGAUGAAUUUUGAUGAUCUGGAUGAUCCUGCGGAUGAAGGAAGAGAGGGAUUGAGAUCCCACAACAGGGAUCGGAAGAGGCACAAACCCCGGUCACCUGAUGCAUGUGGUAUCUCUGAACAUGGCCCCUUUUUCCUAGACAGCUCGAUCUAUUUUUUUUUUCUUUUUUUUUUGACUGCGGUUAUAGCGU